UCCGCCGGACCUUCCUCACGGACGGACCAAACAAAUCACCCGCCGGACACCAGACCGGAAGUGCUCCUCACGGACUCUGCAGUGAAAUUUAGCGUCAAAACUCAAAAUGAAGUUUCGAGGAAAAAUCAUCGACGUCGCGUGUCUGAAUCAUUUCACCCGAGUCAUCACCACCAUCUCAAAGCUGACGAAGAUCUGCGUCCUGCGUCUGACUCCAGACAACCUGUUCUUCGUCCUGUCCGGUAAAGUGGCCAACGGAGGAGUCAGCAUGUGGUGUGAGCUGUCACAGGCCAACUUCUUCGAUGAGUACCAGAUGGAGGGCGUGUCCUCUGAGGACAAUGAGAUCUGUCUUGAGGUGACUCCAGAGAAUCUGUCCAGAGCGCUGAAGACGGUCCAGAACGCCAAGGCCGUCAAACUUAAACUGACCAAGAAGCACUGCCCCUGUCUCACCAUCGCUGCCGAGCUGCCCACCCUGUCCAGCAUCAGCAGAGUCGUCACCCACGACGUCCCGGUCGACGUCAUCCCCCGGAGACUCUGGCACGAGUUCAAAGAGCCGAGCAUGCCAGACUUCGAUGUCAGCAUCUACCUGCCUCCUCUGAAGACGAUGAAGAACGUCGUGGACAGAAUGAAGAACCUCUCCAACUUCCUGGUGAUGGAGGCCAACCUGAACGGAGAGAUGAACCUGAAGAUCGAGACGGACCUGGUCUCUGUCACCACUCACUUCAAAGACCUGGGAAACCCUCCGUGGGGUGAUGACGCCUCCCAGGAUGGGGGUCCGUCUCAGAGCAGGGACCCUGAGGACAUGGCCCAGGCCCGGGUGGACAUCAGGAAGCUGCAGCAGUUCCUCAUGGGGCAGCAGGUCAACCCCAGCAAGGCCAUGUGCAAUAUCGUCCACGAAAGGGUCGUCCACCUGAUUCUGCUGCAUGAAGACGUGUCGCUGCAGUAUUUUAUCCCCGCGGUGGCGUAGACGCUCUGCAGACAGCAUGAGAUGUUUCUUCUCUCAGUUUUGAGAAAUGAAAAAUGGGCGUGUGAACGUGUUUCAGGCGUUUCUCCACGCAGCAGAGAUUGUUGUCCGGCACUGAACCCACGAGACAAAACUCUGGAUGGUCCGUCCUACGUUUUAAUGAGACUGAGGACGACUGAGGAGGACUUGACCCACAGACAUUUGGUAUUAAUAAGGACACGGUGGUAAAUGUUCAUUUAUCAUGGAGGGAGAUGAGGAAAAUUAUAGUUUGGAAUAUGUUGUAUAUUAUUUAUGUGAUUUGUUUUGCAUUAAAAGUGUUACUGGCAUUUA